CACAACCAAAGGACUUCUGAUCAACGGGAAGCUGAGAUCAGCAGAAUCAAAAGAAUAUCCUCACCACUGCUGUCAGAGAAAGACUUUCCUAACUGGAUUUUUGUGACAUUCAUAUUAUUUGGAUUUUUCUGAAGUGACAGCUUUGACCGGUUGACAAAAUAGUUCUUUUGAAAAAUAGACUACCGCUGGUUACAAGAAGUCGGUGUGACCAUGCUACAAAAUGGAAACGGAAAGGAGACUCCGCUGCAGGCGCCAAAGGCUGAGGCAGAGCCGGAUUCCCCGGCUGACGACCCGAAGGAUCAGCAGCAGCAGCAGCAGCAGCAGCCGCAGCAGCCGCAGCCCGCCCCCCCAGCUGCUGAUAGCGAACCCGCACACUUCGCCAUGCCCGCUCAUCCCAAACUGGAGAUAAAGCGCAACGCAGUGACGGACGAUUACAAGAUCUCCACUCAGGUUCUGGGCUUAGGGAUCAAUGGCAAAGUCCUUCAGUGCUUUAACAAGAAGACGGGAGAGAAGUGCGCACUGAAGAUUCUGUACGACAGCCCCAAAGCGAGACGAGAGGUGGAGCUGCACUGGCGAGUGUCCGGAGGACCAUAUAUUGUUCGCAUCCUCAGCCUGUAUGAGAAUAUGCAUCAUGGGAAGAAGUGCCUGCUCAUCAUCAUGGAGUGUAUGGAAGGCGGGGAGUUGUUUAGCCGAAUCCAGGCCAGAGGAGACCAGGCCUUCACUGAGAAAGAGGCUUCAGAGAUUAUGAGGGACAUCGGCACGGCUAUUGAUUAUCUCCACAGCAUCAACGUGGCUCACAGAGACAUCAAGCCAGAGAACCUACUGUACACCACUAAAGAAAGAAAUGGGGUGCUCAAAUUAACAGACUUUGGAUUUGCAAAGGAGACGACGCUACACAACCCCCUACAGACCCCCUGUUACACACCGUACUAUGUGGCUCCUGAGGUUUUGGGUCCAGAGAAAUACGACAAGUCAUGUGAUAUGUGGUCUCUGGGCGUUAUUAUGUACAUUCUGUUGUGUGGCUUCCCUCCAUUUUACUCCAACACUGGCCAGGCCAUUUCUCCAGGUAUGAAGAGGAGGAUCAGGAUGGGCCAGUAUGAAUUCCCCAACCCAGAGUGGGCAGAGGUGUCACAGGAAGCCAAAGAUUUGAUCCAUCAGCUACUGAAGACAGACCCUAAUGAGAGAAUGACCAUCACACAGUUUAUGAACCACCCCUGGAUUAAUAAGUCCAUGGUGGUUCCCUCCACUCCGCUUCACACCACGCGGGUCCUGACUGAAGACAGGGAGAUGUGGGAGGAUGUGAAGGAGGAGAUGACCAGCGCUUUAGCAACCAUGCGUGUGGACUACGACCAGGUGAAGAUCAAAGAUCUGGACACUUCCAGCAACCCGCUACUCAACAAGAGGCGUAAAAAGGCCGCUGCGGGGGCCAAGAGUGGGUCCACAGUCUGCCAAAGUCAAUGAGGACUGUUUGGGUAAAUUCAGGCGGAACAACCAAUGAGGAAGAAAAGCAGCUCAGAAGAGGAAGGAAAAGUUGAUUCGGGUCAUACCCCUGCUCGGGUCACUUAAAAGACUGAGUUUUGAGGAAAUGUUCUCCGAAAUAGAGACACCAGCAAAGUCAGAGAUGGACAUUAAUAAGACAUAUCAUGUUUCUCCUGUCAGUGGUGGAAAUCAGCAGCUCUACUCACUGUGGGGUUAUAUUGGUUUUUAAUUAUUUUUAUGUAUCUAUGUCAUUUUUAGACCUUGCAGGUUUGUCAGAGCGUCUGUGUGCAGACAUGAAGUAUUUGUAGUGAUCACGUUGGGUUGCCUAUUAGAGGUAUCUUUUGUAACUAUGCACUAGUGUGCAAAUCACACACAGACAGACAAGCGACUGUGAAACGAGAACACUCACCAUUACCUGCGUUGUCUUAACAUUGUUUGCUUCCUUCCUUUCAGGAAUAAAGCAACAUCUGACACUGA